AACGAGCUGCGUUGUAUCAGGGACUCGUUACAUUCAUUUCGGCCAGGUGACUGCGUACUUUAUUCAGGUUAUUAUGCAGGGUGAAGACAUCGUGAUCUCCGGCUUUUCCGCCUAUUUCCCUCAAGCGGAUCACAUGGUCGAGUUCAAGCAGAAGCUCUACGCGGGCGUUGAAAUGGUCACCGAAGACGACUUGCGAUGGCCUCCAGGAUACAAUGACAUGCCGAGAGUCCACGGAAAGAUAAAAGACCUGUCCCGCUUCGACGCACAAUUCUUCAGUACACAUCCAAAGCAAGCUCACGUGAUGGACCCACAGUUGCGAUUGCUACUGGAGACGUCAUACGAGGCCAUCUUAGAUGCUGGUUACGACCCAGAGACAUUGCGGAAGCGCAAAAUUGGCGUCUUCAUCGGCAACUCAUCUUCAGAGACAGGCGAAGCAUUCAAGCUGGACCGCACAAAGAUGGAUGGCUACGUCAUACUGGGAUCACACAGGGCUAUGUUUUCCAAUCGAAUUUCCUACUCUCUUGACCUACAAGGACCUAGCAUGACUAUCGACACUGCCUGCUCGUCAACCAUGGUAGCCCUAAGUGAAGCCCUGCUCGCGAUAAGAUCUGGACGCUGCGAGGCAGCCAUCGUGGGAGGAGCCGGCCUCACCCUUGAUCCUCAUCUGAUGACAAACUUUAACCUGCUGGGCAUUCUCUCGAAAGAUGGAAAAUCCAGGCCCUUCGAUAUAAAGAGUGUCCCAUAUCCGUCGGUAAUCGGUCACGAGAGCCUUCUGCGAGACGCGUACUCCGAGGUCAACGUGGACCCUACGAAAGUUGUUUAUGUGGAGGCACACGGCACUGGGACCAAGGCUGGUGGCAUUCAGGAGUUGGAGGCAAUCAGCAACGUGAUUUGCUCACCCGGACGCGAGAAAUCACUUUUGAUCGGGUCGGUCAAAAGCAACAUGGGGCACUCCGAGAGCGCCUCUGGGAAUAUGUGGUGCAGCAGCACGCUUGAAGACCUAAUGGGCAAAGCGUUUGCAAAUAUAACCCAACUAACUGUCAUUCAAACACUGAACCGAAUAGAGGCCGAGGGCCCGUACCCGGACUCCGGUUACGCCUUGCUCAACCGGAUUGGUCAGCGAAGCAUCAAGCAGUUUCCGUACCGAGGAUUUGCCAUCGUGCCAGUGGACAACAUGAAAAAGGAGGUGGUGAAGGUAGUAGAGCGGGCUCGGCCAGAAAAACGACCCAUCUGUUCGAACCUUUCGCUGAGUCCAUCCGCAAGUCACACACCAUCCUGA